UUGCUGGUAGCUGACAUUCAAAGUUACUCAUCCACCAACAACAUGACUGGGAGAGUUAUUUUUCUGGGACUUCUGCUCUUCUGUGUGGCUGCAGGUGCAGAGGAGAGGUCUCCACAUGAGAGAAGGCCUUCUUGUCUCGACAUGGCGGACAUCGUGGCGUGCCCUAUGAACCUGGCUCCUGUGUGUGGCAAUGAUGGAAACACAUAUCCCAAUGAGUGUACUCUGUGCGUCCAGAGUCGAAAAAUCAAGAUGGACAUUUACAUUGUGAAGGAGGAGAGCUGCUGACCUGCUGGUGAAGUCACCGCCAAGGGGCCCAGCGAGGAUCUGAUUAUCAAAGCAAAAAUUAUCUUUGGAAUGACGACUGGAUUCCAAAUGUCUUAAAUAUGCAUCAUUGCUAUGAAUAAUAAAUUCCAAUAAACAGCA